GUCCACAGAUAUUUGUCCACAGCCGCAAGGGGUUUGUAUUUAUUACACAAUCCUCAUCGCUCUUGUCGCCUCUACUUGAUCACUGAUCCAUAUUUCGCUUACGCCCAGCUCACUUUCCAGCGGUCGAGUUUAUCUUGGAGUUUUUGGUAUCACCAUGAAGCCCUUCUCAUCCCCGAAGGCAUCCUCCCGCCCCGUGCUUAGGAUUACUAUUCCGACAGUUAAAAAAACAUCUUCAUGGCGCUCCAUGGCACUAGUAUUGCAAUCUUCGAGAGUCCCUGCGUUUUCGUGGAGACGAUUGCUUCGUCCCUCACGAAAGAACAAGUCCUGUGAUGGCGAAACACAUCUCACCGAAGGUCUUACCUCACCGUCUGAGACACUUGUCGGGUCUCCGAUCCAGGAGAAAUUGACUAGUCCGAAACUGGUCCGUUUCGCUGACUCGCCAACGUACUUCCGCACCAGGCGCCGAAUCAAACCUCACAGGUCCCCCACUCCAAAGGGGGCAUUGCGCUCCUGUCUUGUCAUAAAUAAUACCGACCCCUUCAGAGAGUUGCUUUCGGAUGAUGACGACGACCAUUCCGUAUAUGAAGAUUGCCUUACAUCCUACCCUGGCUUCUUCAGGGAUAUGGAGGAUCUUCUAGAGCGCGAACAUUUCGAGCAGAUAGAACUUGAAAAGUCUCGCUCUCCUUCCUGGGAGCUCACUGAAUUUGGCUGCACGAAGAUGGACCCGCAAGAUUAUUUGAGCUUCUGCUUGGCUACGCAAGCAGAGAAAAAAUUACGACAAGACAUCGAAGGGUGUAGGAAGGUCGUCUACGACCAUCCGAUGACGUUACGCUGGCCUAGCCGGGAGGUUACUGAGCGACCAGUUCAGGAACCUCCAGUCAUUCCGAUGACACCCCCACGACUUUUCGUUCCAGAGCCCACACCGGUAACUCUCAGUUGGCAUGAGCAGAUUGCAUGUGAUGUCACUGAUAUGCUGAUUUCGCUAUGCAUUGGGCUUACCAUCUACAUGUGCAUUUAUAUUUGGGGCAUCUAUUGUUUCUUUAGUGGCGUUUUUCUGGAUGAAGAGUAGCUGCCAUUGGUAUCCAGGGGAUCGAGAA